AUGUCCCAUUUGAACGGCGAGACCGAAUUGGACAGUCUGGCCGAACCUGUUGAGUCUGCCAAGAUGGAUGAGCCGGUGGUCGCGGAAAACGCCUCGAUCGGCGCACUUCAUGACGUCGCGUUCACAGACCUCGACAAGAAGCCGGACCUUAUCGAAAAGUAUAUGAACGCAGCACAGCGGGGCGACCUCGAGACGCUGAAAGACCUGCUCGAAAACGAAAAGCUUGAUGUCAACUCCAUGCUCGACGAUAACGUCAGCGCAUUGCAUUGGUGUGCCAUCAACAACAAGCUGACCGCCUUGAAGUAUCUCGUUUCCAAAGGCGCAGCAGUCAACCACAAGGGAGGAGACCUCAACGCAACGCCUGUCCAAUGGGCGUGCAGAUACGGAUUGGUGUACAUUUCGGAUUAUCUGAUCACCCAGUGCGGAGCAGACACAGACGUUCUUGAUAACCAAGGGUUCAACUGUCUGCAUCUUGCUGUGCACUCCUCAAACGUGAUGAUGGUGAUCUACAUUCUGACGUUCACAAACUUGCACAUCAACUCGGCCGACCCGAAGGGCCGCACCUCGCUGCAUUGGGCGGCCUACCAGGGAGACCCGUUCACCGUGGAUGUAUUACUAAAAUUGGGAGCUGAUAUCUCCAUCGUGGACGAAACAGGCUUCACUCCGUUCUACUGGGGACUCGUGCACCCGAUCAAGAACGUUCUCAUCAAGCUGAUCGAGGCCGGCAGCGAUAUCAACCACAAAACAGUCGACAACAAGGCUGCCUGGGAGAUUGCCGCAGACAUGAACUGCACAGCUCUGUUGAAAACCGCUCUCAAGGAGUGCGACCUCAACGCAGACGGAACAAAAGUCCAUCGGUACCUCACAGAGUCACAGGGAAGACAGAUCGUGUUUCUAAACCCGUACAUUGCUGUGCCGCUUUCAUUGCUGGCCUUGACCACCGGCUACCUAGUUGUGAACGUUUUUUCACUGGCGGUGAUUUUUUUCGUCCAAACCUUUGUUCUACAGUACCUGUUACUUCCAAGCUUCGACAGAAGCCCAACAGCAUUGCAUCGGUCUCCAUACUUCGCCGGAGUAUUCUCUGCUACGGCGUUCUGGUGUGUCGUCACCUGGCUCUUCACUAUUAUGCCUAAAACCUUCUCAAAAGCACCGUUAUCGAAUCUGCUCUUCUUUUUGGUAGCAGGCUGCGUGUUUGCGUCCUUCUUCAAAGCAAUGUUGAUUGACCCAGGAUACAUCCCAGCAGAGACCAACGGGGACAAAAUCCAACAAACCAUUAGAGAGCUGAUUGACCUUCGCAAAUUCGACUCCAGACACUUCUGUAUUCAUACUUCGAUCCGCAAACCACUCAGAUCCAGACUCAACAAGCUGAAAAACAAAAACGUUGCAAAAUUCGACCACUACUGUUCGUGGGUCAACAACGACGUUGGUGUCAGAAACCACAAGCUGUUUUUCGCGUUCAGUGUUAGCUUGGAAAUCGCCAUCUUCCUGUAUUACAGUCUGGCAAAACGGUACUUUGACAAACUUGACGUUCCAGACGAGUUCGAGGAGUCGUGUUUUUUCCUCGGAGAAGACAUGUGUUCUGGAUACUAUGCUUCGCCGUUCAUCUUCAACCUGACCAUGUGGAGUCUUUUCCAGUCUGCGUGGCUUUCGCUGCUUCUCCUGGUCCAGUUCUUGCAAAUAUCCAAGGGAAUCACCAGUUACGAGGUCAGUACCUUGCACCAAGGGGUCGACAACAGCUUUUCGUCGGUUCCGACUGACGAGUCGGUGGACUUGUCAAGCGAUGAGGUGGCUCUUCCGGGUCUGCGUAAGCUCGUGUGCCUUCCAGAUAUUGUGGUGAACUCUAGAUGUUCGCGACUGAUUGGCUUGAACCAAUUCCUGAUGAUCAGUGACGAUAUGAUUCAACAAAAAAGCGGCCCUGCCUCGUUUGACCAAGGGAUAGUCCAGAACUGGCUCGAUUUCCUGUUUCUGAAAACAAACGGCGAGCCUUACUCGUGGAGAAACCUGUUCAAGCUGCCAAUCCUUGGUGAAGCCAAUCUGGGAGGAGAGCUGGUUGACUAUUACAAACUGUACAAGGUCCCAACCAAACAGUCCAGUGCGGUGGUGUAA